AUGUUGACGUUCGUUUUUCUGACCAUUUUUGACGAUGCUUCCAAAAGGAGGGGUGGCUUCUUUAGCUUCUCCAACUGUGGGGACGCGAGCACCCGCAGCGGGAGAGCGGAGCAGCCCGCUUCUAAUGAAAAUCAUUUCAUUCCAAAAGGAAACAGCCGUGAAGAGAUGAUCCCCGCCUCCUCACCAAGGCUGAGCAAAUUGAGUGCCUCAGAGAACCUUCCAGAAAUUGAUGAAGUACUGUACUCACGCCAACUUUAUGUUCUGGGCUAUGAGGCCAUGCAGAAGAUGGCUACAGCUGCUGUGCUGAUCUCUGGCAUGAAGGGGCUAGGUGUGGAAAUUGCCAAGAACAUCAUUCUUGCAGGAGUGGAAUCUGUCACUGUCCAUGAUCAGCAUGACGCUCAGUGGAGUGACCUCUCCUCACAGUUCUACCUGUCUGAAAAAGAUGUGAGGCAGAAACAAGCUGUGGUUUCACAGCACUGUCUGAAAGAACUGAACUGCUGUGUGCCUGUGCUGGCCUAUACUGAAGGGCUGUCUGAGAGCUUCUUGUCUGCCUUCCAUGUGGUGGUCCUGACCAACUCACCCUUGGAGGAGCAGCUGCGUAUCAGUGAUUUUUGCCAUGCCAACAACAUUUGCUUUAUCCUUGCUGACACGAAGGGCCUGGCGGGGUAGCUCUUCUGUGAUUUUGGAGAACAGUUUGUGGUAUAUGAUGCUUCUGAAGCUGAACCUGUUUCUGCUGUCAUUCAGCACGUAACCCAGAGUAACCCUGGUGUGUUGACAGUGGCCUGUGAGGAUGAGCAAGGACAAGGCCACCAGUUUGAGAAUGGCGAUUUGGUGACAUUUGUAGAGGUUGAAGGGAUGAAUGAACUUAACAACCUUGAGCCCUGUCCAAUCCAUGUGUCUGGUAAUUAUAACUUGGAGAUUGGUGACACAUCUUCCUUUUCUCCAUAUAAAAGUGGUGGGAUCAUCACCCAAGUCAAGAUACCUCAACAGCACUCCUUUGAUUCCUUACAUGUCUCCAUGAGCAGUCCCAAGAUCAAGACUCCUGAUACAGGGAAUAUGUCUCGUUAUCACAGCCUUCACAUGGCCUUCUGGGCACUGCAUUUAUUCCAGAGCAAAAUGAAGUGACUGCCUAGGCCUAGAGAUCAGGCAGAUGCAGAGGAGACGGUGAAGCUAGCACAGACACUAGCUACAGAUCAGGAGCCACUGGCUGAGGAUUUGGUACGGACUUUUGCAUAUGGAUGUGCUGGCGACCUGAAUCCUAUUACUGCCUUCUUUGGAGCUGGAGCUGCUCAUAAAGUGCUGAAGCAUGACAGCUGCUAUGAUGGGCAACUUGCCAUUUUUGGUGCUGACUUCCAGGAACAGCUUGGGAAGCAGAAAUACUUUGUGGUAGGAGCGGGUGCCAUUGGCUGUGAGCUCUUGAAGAACUUUGCAAUGAUUGGCGUGGCUGCUUGUGAGGGCGGGAACAUCACUGUGACAAACAUGAACAAAAUUGAAUAUUCCAACCUCAGCCAUCAGUUCCUCUUUCGAUCACAGGAUGUGUCUAAGCUGAAGUCAGAAAUGGCAGCAGCUGCCAUAAAGCUUAUGAAUCCCUAUGUCAAUGUAACAGCUGAGCAAAAUCAGGUUGGGCCUGAUACAGAGUGCUACUAUGGAGAUGAAUUCUUCCUUGGCUUGGAUGGUGUAGCCACUGCCCUGGAUAGCCUGCAAGCCAGAGCAUAUGUGGGUAAACAGUGCACAAAGUACCUCAAGCCUCUGCUUGAUUCUGGAACAGAAGGCACCAAAGGGCACGUUCAGGUCCUUGUGCCCUUUGUGACAGAGACAUAUGGCCAUGCCGAGGAGGAUCGAGGUGAAGAAGACUAUCCUCUUUGCACCCUGCGCCACUUUCCUACUACCAUCCAGCAUGCUCUACAGUGGGCCCGAGAUCAGUUUGAGGGUCUUUUCAGGAUGACAGCAGAGACCCUCAACAAAUUUCUGAUGGAUCCCAGCUUCUUAGGGACCCAAGAAGUGGAGGUCCUGGAGAUAUUAGAACUGGUACAAGUCAGCCUUCAGGAAAAGUCGCACAGCUGGAGAGACUGUGUGGUCUGAGCCCGAAGACUUUGGGAACGACUUUUCUCUCAUGAUAUUCAGCAGCUGCGGUACAGCCUCCCACCUGACAGUAAGACAAUCUCUGGACUUACUUUCUGGUCAGGACCCAAGCGAUGCCCUGAGAAGCUGGACUUUGACUUCAGUAAUACCACCCAUAGGACCUUCCUUUUGGCAGCCAGCCACCUCUCUACUCAGAUGCACAAGCUGAGUGAGGACAAUGCUGCCACCAGCCAAAUCCUCCUUGACUUGCACCUACUGCCUUUCCAUCCACAAAAUGGAAUGUACAUCCCUGUCAGUGAUCAAGAGAUGCAGAGGUCACGGGGACACAAAGAUGAAAUGAGGCUGGCAGAGUUGAAGCAGGACUUGGUGAGGCUAAGGUGAGAGCUGGAGGAACAAGAUGAGCUCCUCUCCAGUCUGAUGGAGCCCAUUCAUUUUGAGAAGUGUGGGCAACAGGCAGCUUCCUGGGCUGGAGCUGUUUGGGUGGGGUUAUGCAUUUUAGAACUAAACUUCUUUGUGUGCCUGCUGUAUUUUCAGUAUCACCAGAAGACAUGGAGCAGCUGGGAAAGAAUUGAGGUGCCAGGAGUUGAUGGGGGGGGGGAAGCAAUCACCCUGAAAGCCCUCUGUGAUUAUCUCCAGAGAGAGCACAACCUGGUGCUGCUUUAUGGGAAGCGUAUUAUCUAUGCUGGAUUCUGGACAGAAGAGAAAAGAGCAAAACAGCUCUCCAACAGACUGACAGAACUGAUUUGCCAUGCUACUGCAGAGACAGUGUCCAAGGACUGCCGACUGCUGGUGUUUGAAAUUGUCUGUGAAAAUGAAGAGGAUGAUAUGAUCUUAUCCCCUGUUCAUGUCUGGCUCCAUAUGAUGAAAGGAAAUAAUGAGUAACUUGUAUAUUUGGCGGGGGGGGGGCAGCGUAACACACACACAUAUCCAUAUCCUAGCCUCACUCAUGCUGAACAUGGCAGAGACAAAUUCCACUGAAAGUGAAUUGUGUAUUUUGCUUUGAUGAAGAAGGAAGUGUGCCCUCUUCAGUGACCAACCUGCAGGCCUGGUCUUGCACUCAAGGAUAAGAAUUAAUUAGGAAAUGAGCUCAUUCAAAAAGUCUAUCCUGUAGAGUUCUUAUUUGCUUUGUUUUGAAGGGCUCCCUGGGCCUUCUUUCUGACUCCCUUCCAAGCAUGCUGCAUCACUCAUUUGGGAGGUUUGGAAGCACUAGUGUUGUUACCAAUAAGCAUUGAAGCUGCUUUUAUAUUUCAGAAUAGCAGCAAAA